AUGGAAGUUGAAUUACAAUUUGGUGGUGGAGUUGAAAUGAUUUUUAAUAAUCAAAAAAGUAUAAAAAUUAAUUUAGAUAAUAAUAAAAAAUGGACAGUGAAAGAUAUACUGGAGUGGUUGUUAGAAAAUUUAAUGAAAGAUUGUGAAACGCCAGAAAUUUUUAUUGUUAAUGGUAAUGUUAGACCUGGAAUUUUAGUUCUUAUUAAUGAUUGUGAUUGGGAAAUCUUGGAUGGUGUUAAUACUGUUAUCAAUAAUAAUGAUGUUAUAACUUUUAUAUCAACUUUACAUGGUGGUUAA